UGAUUUUGUUAUAGAAGGAUCAGAAGUAUCUGGUACAUCGGAUGAUAAGAAGGAAGAUGGCGAUGGUAAUGAUAAUGAUUCACUAACAAAUAUUUCGAAAGUUGAAACGUGGUCAGGAACAUCAUUUAAACCAGACUUGCCGAACAGGUUAUAUCGUUAA